GUUAGUAACUACCAAUUCGUGUUGUCCGCUGAGGCGGAAGGAAAGCGAACGAGCAACCCUAGCCGCCUGAGGGGAACGCCCCGAUCCGCAACGUAAGCUGCACUUGUCAUCCUAUUCCCUAUCCAAUUGUUCGCAGGCCGGCGACGAUGGGGGCGGUUCGGUUCGCGGCGAGGAGGAUCGGUGGCUCCCUGCUCCAGCGAACGCAGGCGGCGGUCGCGGGGGAGGGACAACGGCUCGUGCCAAGCAGGUUCAUGCGCCCCCGCCAGCUCUCCGACACUGUCUCCAGCGAGCGAUCGCAGGUGCCGGAGCGACUCCUCCUCGAGCCAGGCUGGCUUAUGCGCUACCGCCAGCACGCCAGCGAGAUCCCCAAGAAAAAGAAGCUGUCUGCCUUGGAAUCUGAGUUCCAGUGGACACAGGAGACGCUUAAUGCCUCGUGUGAUAGGUUGGAGGAGCUUCAAAAGCAAACAGCACCAGAUGCCUUUGAGUUGGGUGUGAAGGCCUACGGAAAUGCGGCUAAGGCUGUGGUCCGUGGAGCUGCCAAGGCGUUGUUUUGCUUCAGUCUGAUUACUUCUCUUAUUUUUGGUGGCAACGAGGUGGAAGACCAGGCUGCUACCAAGGAAAACCAGUGAAAGACAACAUAAAGAAAAGGAGUUCACCUCUGUAGUUUGGCUAGCUAGCACUGUGCUAUCUGAUUUUUUGUUCAGGUAAUUGUUGAUGCACUGUUCACUCAUGUCGUGGUGUAGAGAUGGACAGUCGAUAAAGAAUUAAUUAUUCCCGCC